GGCGACGUUGCAAGAAUCGCUGGCAUUAUAUAAACAUGCAGCACGGCUCCAGCGUCAGUCAGUUGUACACUUCAAGUGGCAUUUGCACCACCAGCAAGAAGCAAGAGGAAAAUCCAAUACUAAUCCGACAAAAUGUUCAACUUGCGCUCCGUCUAUCUGCUGCUGGCCUGCGCCCUGUUUUGCCUGCUGCUGAGCUGUGCGGAGGCAGCGCCACGUCCGCAGGAGGAGCAGGGCGUGGCCGACGACCUGGAGGCGGGCGUCGAGGCUGAGGAAAAGGAUUUGCAGGGCGCCGCCUCCUAUGGCUAUGGCUACUAUGCCUCACCCUACCUGGGCGGAUACUACGGCGGCGGCGGCGGCUACUGGCCCCACUACAGCGGCAGCUACUACGGCCUGGGUGAGUUCGGCUAUCCCUACUAUGGCGGCUACUAUGGACUGCAUCACCAUCAUCAUGGACACUAUGGACACUAUUUCUAAAUGGGAAACAACCUCUCACCUCAUAGCUCAUGCUUAGCGCUCAAAUUCCUUAGUAGUUUGCACUUUAGCUUCAAUUUAAUUGCACAAGGAUAAUUGCUUUAAUUAAGCAACAAAAUCACAAAAAAAAAACAACAACACGAGAGAAAUGAAAAACAAACAAUAUUAAUUUAUAGCCACAAUCGUUUCAACUUUACGACCCACAGAAUCGAAAGAAGAAGCAGACGUAGUCGC